AUGCCAAAGCGGGCGACGCUCUUUGAACCUCCACAGUUGGACUCGUCCAAGGCGCCGAUCGAAAACGUCCUGGACCUAACGCCUGUGGAUGACAUUGGACCUGAUGUUUUCACCAACACUCGCCCCCUAUGGCAUCCUCCGGGAGCCCGAGGUAUCUACGGCGGAGCCGCAAUCGCCCAGUCCCUGGCGGCCGCAAUGCGAACCGUCCCCGCCGAUUUUGCUGUACACAGCAUGCACUGUUAUUUCGUCCUCGCGGGCGAUUCUGAAAUACCGAUUCUCUAUCACGUUGAGCGAGUCCGCGACGGAAGGAGUUUUAUCACGCGGACCGUCCAGGCAAGACAACGGGGGCGGCCCAUCUUCACAACCACAUUGAGUUUCAGCAGAGCCAAUAGCGGUGGAAAGAAGCAGCUUCAACAUGCCUCGUCUAUGCCUGCUGUUCCGCUUCCGACUGAGUCGGCACCUGGUCAGCAAAAGUUCGAUGUCGAUAGUAGUCGCGACGGGCCGUUUGAAUCAGCUCGCGCUGGCAUAGUGAAUCGCGACUCCAACCCCGAAGAGAAGAAGGUCAGGCGCUGGGUUCGGUGCAGAGGGACGAUCUCGGAUGAGGGAGCCCAGCACGCCCACUUGUCCGCUCUCGCAUAUAUCACGGAUAGCUUCUUCAUUGGCACCGUUUCCCGAGUACAUAACAUUCCGCGAUUUUCGUCCGCCGCGGAGUUGAAAAUGGCUUUGAAGGCUUUGAAGAACCCCUCUGAUCUCGAUAAUGAGGAUAUUGCGCGGUCACUGAAUGAGCUAAAGGAGGAAGAGGCAGCUGAUUUGCGACGCCGUAUAGAGGGAGCUUUAACAAGACUCCAAGACGAGAAGGCCAAGAGGGACCACAAAGAAAUUGGUAUGAUGGUCAGCCUCGACCAUUCCAUUUACUUCCAUAACCCUUGGAAAUUCCGAGCAGACGAAUGGAUGCUCACGGAAAUGGAGAGUCCGUGGGCCGGUGAGGGGAGGGGCCUUGUGCUCCAGAAGAUCUGGGCUAAGGACGGAACUUUGAUUGCCACAUGCACGCAAGAGGGCGUUGUAAGGCUGAAACAGGAUGAGCAACCUCGCGCAAAGAUCUAG